ACUAACCAGGCAGAGUUCAUAUUGUGCGCUACUGAGAGAGCGUGAGCUCCAAAGCUCCAAUUUGGCCUUGCGGGGGUACAGGAGAUAUGAACACCAUCCAUAACAACAGUACCGCUGCUGUCAACCCUCUCCAGCAACUGCCCAAAAGCGCACACGAGACUGCGGAUAUGGCCGUGUAUUGUGACAAUUUCAGUGUUUACCACCAACAGAACCUGCCUGCGGCGCAGAGACCAGCAGGAUACGGCCUAGGCGACUACACGCCGACCCCGAACCCAUACUUGUGGCUUAAUGGACCUGGUGUCAACGCAUCUUCGUCGUACAUUCACGGAAACAACAGCGCAUCGUUCAUCCCUCCAUCGUACGGCCCUCAAAGGCAAUAUCUGGCUAACUCCUCCGGAUUCGCCGGUCCGGAUCUGGGCUGGUUCUCCAUCGCGAGCCAAGAGGAACUUUUGAAGCUCGUGCGUCCGCCUUACUCAUACUCUGCACUGAUAGCCAUGGCGAUACAGAACGCGCACGAGAAAAAGUUAACUUUGAGUCAAAUAUAUCAGUAUGUGGCAGAUAACUUUCCGUUUUAUAAGAAGAGUAAAGCGGGAUGGCAAAACUCCAUCAGGCACAACCUUUCUUUAAAUGACUGCUUUAAAAAAGUGCCGCGCGACGAAGACGACCCAGGAAAAGGAAAUUAUUGGACUCUAGACCCCAACUGUGAAAAGAUGUUUGACAACGGAAACUUUCGUAGGAAAAGGAAGCGCAGAACAGAAUCCAGUACAGGUGUUGCCAGCAGUACAAAACCAGAGGAUGACCGACAGCUUGCAGGGAUGAAACCCACAGACAGCAGUCACCUCUCCGGACCCGCAUCUCCUGAGAUCGAUGCGGCAAAUGAAAGCCACAAAGGCGCAUCUCCUACAGGCAUUCUGAGCUCUCCGUGCUUCAAUAAUUUCUUCAACAGUAUGUCUGCUCUAAGCUCUUCUUCAACGCCCACUACCAGACAAGGCUCUCUGGGACUGGUAAAUGAACUUUCUAGCCGAAAUAUUAGUACACUGAGCCAGUACCCUGCCAGCUCGGCACCUGACGCAGGUGGACCAAGUGAUCUCCAAGAAAGUGUCCAGGUUAACCGUGGAAUGUAUUAUAACUCUUUUACUGGUAGCCAGAGCGCGCAGUUCAGUGGACAUUUCUACAAUAGCUUCACUGUAAACAGUCUUAUUUACCCUCGAGACGGGACGGAGUUAUAAAACUGUCACCUUCAUGUAUUCCCACAACGUUUGCGCGCAAAAUGCCAAACGACCACUAAGUGUGACAAACAUGUUUGGCAAAAAAUGUUUAUUAUGCAAUGUGAAGAUCAACAGGCUAUAAGUGGAGGUCGUCAGAUCUUUAUUCGUACAAAUGCGUGAAAUGAUUGAAAUGUCACCAAUUUAUUUAUUGGUGUUAAAAGGCAUUCUGUUUAUUUGUGAUAACUCUAAUUGCAUUUAUUUAAACGAGAUUCGCGUGUCGUGUGCCAUUCUUUGAGCAUGCACUAGUUUAAAUGAAUUUAUAAGUUUAAAUUUGUGAGGGUCUGAAAUGUUUGAGGCUGCCAUAAGCUCCGCGUAAUUCAAGGCUUUGAUAGAGGAUUUGCCUUAUUUUUUUAUAAUUGCCAAGGUUCAGUAUUGUUCAAAAUCGACUUCGAGUUCGUGUGCCGACGUGCUUUUGGUGAAAAAAUUGUGUUGUGUACUUUUGUAAAUGCAGUUGUUUUGUUUUAUUUGUUUUUAACUAUUUAUAGUAACUUAAAUAUUCCUGCAGUUUGUUCUUAAUGAACGAGUGUCAUCUGGCUAAAUGUAACUUAAUGGUUCACAAUGAAACUUACGUCAUUUUGGAAAUGUGCAUUGAUAUGCAGUAUCCGUGCCACUAACUAAAACACUAAAUGCUGUUAAAUGAUAUGUGAUAAUCUUUAUACUCAGUUUAAGAAACUAUACGUUUAAUGAUUGUUCCAUACUUUACGCAAACAUUACUUUUAAAUCAAUUAAAUUCCAAAUCAAUACCAAAUCUAACUUU